CUGUGGAGUGUGUGGCUGGAGGCUCGGGGGCAGGCGGCCGUAAAUGGCCGGGAAAGCCCAGGGCUGGCUGGGGCAGAUGCCCGAGGUGUGGGCAGACUACGGGAGAGGGAGGCCAGGGACAGCCAGGGCCUUGGGCAGCCCAGACGGGCACAGUAAUGGAGAAGCAGGAAGGCUGGGUGGGGACUGCCCUAGGCCACUUCUGCUUCCUCUCCUCCUCGCUUGUCCUGGCCGUGAGGCUGUGGACCAGAGCGGUUUGAGACCAGAGAGCUCACGGCUUGACUCACUCUUGCAGCCGAGAGGGAGGAGGCCCCUGCCAUCUGGGAGCAGGGAUGAUGGGAUGUGGCCUGCUGCCUGGCCCCUCCUGGGCCCCCAGGCCCUUUGAAGGCCAGUGUCCGGCUGAGCUGGCCGGCCGGGCAGGCAGGCAUUAUGGGCAUGACUCAGCCCAAGCUGAGGUUAACAAGCAGCGCCCAGUGUGGUGGCUGCAGCAGUGGCAGAGCUCGGCGCUCCAGGUCAAGGCUUCCCCCUCCUCCGGUGCCCGAGAGCCAGCCUGGCUGCGGGCUCACCCGCCUCCCUGAGGCCCCAGCCAGGGAUGCCGGGCAGGCGGGCCCAGGCCUCCACCACAGCGGCGGCGGGACGCACUUCCUGCCCGCCCGUUGGCCACCCUGCCCCCGGCGGGGCCGCCCUUCCGCCCGGGGCCCAGCCGUGCAGCUCCCCGGCAGGCUGGGUCUGGGGCCAGGCUGGGUCUGGGGCCGGGCCGGGCCAAGGCGGCGAGGACCGGACCCCGGCCUGGGAAAGGUUACUCCAGGCCAAUGCUCCCUUUAUCUAGCCUCAGCCCCUCCCCUUCCUCGUGCCUGGGGUUGCAACUGCCUCGGGCUCCGCUCUCUGCGACUCCGGUUUCGGUUCCCUUGUGUUUCUUGGGGGAGGGGCCCAUCGGCAUCCAUCUCCUGAAGGCCUGUGUGUCCUCCCCGGGUUAGCUGGCCACGUGCUCCCAGUCCUUGUCUCAUUGGCUGUGCGUCACCUCAGGCAGAGAGGCAGACUUGUCCCUGAUUUUUUUAAAAAAGGCUUCUCCCUGAACUCCACAGAUAGUGGGCAUCCCAGGCAUGGGCUGGGCUCCAGAUUAGGAGAAAAAGUGCCUGGUCUGCCGCUGCACUCUCCUCGACUCCUGUCCCAUCCGUCGGGCCGCAGGGGCUUGGCAGGCGGCCGUGGCCUUGGGUGAGGAACUUGGCACAUUACCCACAGCUACACUGUCAGCCCCAGCUGGCACUCCUGCCAGCUCCCAGCACAAGCCUGGAUUGCCAGGGUGCUCAGAGUAGGCGUGCUCACUUCAGGAACUAGAGAUUGGCUUGAGGCAAAGCAAAGCUCUGCACCUGGAUGGUGGGGGCAGAAGAGAGAUCACUAGCUCUUUAGAAGGGCUUCCUCUGGGCUAGUUUCAGGAAAUAGCAUGUUCACCUGGAGGAUUCACCGGCCAGGGUGGGAGGGGCCUGGUGUGCAUCCACAGCUUGUCUGUUUAGGCCUUGGCCAAAGGACUGGAAGCAGCGUGGAGUGACGGACCUUCGUGGGUGGAUUGAUUGCCCUGACUGUGCAGGCAUGUGGGUCACCCCAGUCCCGCUGGCUUAUGUCCCCGUGGACACUGGCCCAAGCUCAGGCUAGGGCAGAGGUGAUCAGCUGGCUGGAGGGCAGACAGCAGGGUAUUCUGCUAUUACUGGGAUUUCAACGAGGCAGCUUAUUUAGACACGCAUGUACACACACACACACACACACACACACACACAACCUCUUGUUGGCUUGAGACUAGGUUAACGUUUCUUAAUAAGUCAAAGCAUCAUUUACAAGAAUUUGGUUCUCCUGAUGGCUCUGCCAAUGGGGUCCAAAUUCUACACCUCUUGCUACCUCCAGGCUGUGUGAGCUUGGGCAUGUCACUUUGCCUCUCUGGGCUUCAGAGUCCUACUGUGCAAUGGACAUGAGAAUACACAAGCAGCGGGAUGUGGUGAGAAUCAAAUGGAGAAUCACCUGUGAAACCACUUGGCAAAGGAAACCAUUCCAGGCUGGGCAACUAUUGUCCGUCGGGGGUGAGAAGACAGGGCUAGGGCAUGUGCCCCUGUACUGAACCAAGAAAUCUGUGACCCACUGACUGGCCACCUUGCUGUGACCACUUCCUGACAACUCCAGCCCCCCCACCACCGCCGCUACCUGUCUAACUGUUACUGCCGCAGAGGGCCUCUUUCUCUCCCGCCCCUUUCCCACUCUCCCUUCUCUAGGCCCUGCACAGGCCCUUUUCUUUCCCAUCUGUCCCUAUCCUGAGAUGGCAGACGGUGGCCAGUGCGUGGCCAGUGCUGGAAGAGGGAGGGGAGGGCAGUGGAGGCCCUCCCACUGCUGAACUGGUGGAGCUGGCCCUGCUGCAGCACUCCUACCAGGACCUGGCCUCACAGAUCAACCUUAUCCUGCUGGAGCGCCUGUGGUACGUCAUGCUGGAGCAGUUCCUCAUGAAGUACGUAUGGAGCGCCUCAGGCCUGGUCAUGGUGGCAGUCCCCAUCAUCACCGCCACCGGCUACUCAGAGUCAGACCCAGAGGUCGUGAAGAAGGCGGCCUUGGAGAUGAAGGAGGAGGAGCUGGUGAGUGAGCGCACAGAAGCCUUCACCAUUGCCCGCAACCUCCUCACAGCUGCCGCAGAUGCCAUCGAGCGAAUCAUGUCGUCCUACAAGGAGGUGACAGAGCUGGCUGGCUAUACAGCCCGGGUCCACGAGAUGUUCCAGGUAUUUGAAGAUGUCCAGCACUGCCGUUUCAAGAGGCCCGGAGAGCCAGAGGAUGCUCAAGCGGGGUCUGGGGCUGUGGUGAGGUCUGGCGCCCGUGUGGAGGGGCCUCUGCAGAUCCGAGGCCAAGUGGUGGAUGUGGAGCAAGGGAUUGUCUGCGAGAACAUCCCCAUCAUCACACCCACAGGAGAGGUGGUGGUGGCCAGCCUCAACAUCAAGGUGGAAGAGGGCAUGCACCUGCUCAUCACCGGCCCCAACGGCUGCGGCAAGAGCUCUCUGUUCCGGGUCCUGGGAGGGCUCUGGCCCACGUACGGUGGCGUGCUCUACAAGCCCCCGCCCCAGCGCAUGUUCUACAUCCCGCAGAGGCCCUACAUGUCGGUGGGCUCCUUCCGUGACCAAGUAAUCUACCCGGACUCAGUGGAGGACAUGCGAAGGAAGGGCUAUUCUGAGCAGCACCUGGAAGCCAUUCUGGACAUUGUGCACCUGAACCACAUCCUACAGCGAGAAGGAGGUUGGGAGGCUGUGUGCGACUGGAAGGACGUUCUGUCCGGGGGGGAGAAGCAGAGGGUCGGCAUGGCCCGCAUGUUCUACCACAGGCCCAAGUAUGCCCUCUUGGAUGAAUGUACCAGCGCCGUAAGCAUCGACGUGGAAGGCAAGAUCUUCCAGGCAGCCAAGGAUGCAGGCAUCGCCCUGCUUUCCAUCACCCACCGACCCUCCCUGUGGAAGUACCACACGCACUUGCUGCAGUUUGAUGGGGAGGGCGGCUGGAAGUUCGAGAAGCUGGACUCAGCUGCCCGCCUGAGCCUGACUGAGGAGAAGCAGCGGCUCGAGCAGCAGCUGGCGGGCAUCCCCAAGAUGCAGCGGCGCCUGCAGGAGCUCUGCCAGAUCCUGGGCCAGGGCCCUUCAGGCCUCCAGGGCGCUGCCACCUGACAGCGGGCCAAGGCUCUCAGCCCUCGGCCCUUGCCCCUCCCCAAGCCCUCGGAUCACAUGAAGGAAAUGGAGCGCCUGCCCUCCCAGCCCCGCUGUGGGCCUGCCCUGCAUGCUUUCCCUCCUCCAGGGCCUCUGGGCCACCGCCACGCCUGCCUAGAGGACCGCCAGCCAAAUCGCCUGCCCCUUUCCAACCCCACUGCAUCCGUGACCCCGUGAGGGAGCCGAGGCCUUUGUUUUCUCUGGGGAAGGGGAGAGGGGUCAGAGGCGAGCCCCAGUUCACAGCACCAGCCCGCGCCAAGGAGCCUUGGCAUUUGUUGGGCACCGCCCUCCCGAGGCUGAGGUCCCAUCUUCCUCCUCUUCCGUCCCUUGGAGACCUCACCUCCCAUCUCCUGUGAUGCCCUUCCGGCCAUAAAAACAGCCAAGCGGGACCCACGGUGAGACAGUCUCUGCACCUUCUCCCUAUCACUUGUCCCAAAGAGCCUGCAGGAGACAGAACCGCACAGCAUUUCCUAGAGCAAUGAUAAGAAUGUAUUCCUGUCCCUUCAUCCCUAGCCUUCUCUCUCCUACGAGCUAAUUUAUUGGAUUCCUGUGUGUAGCCAUCUGGACUGCCAAUGUGAGCACCCCGCCAGCAGGGAAGGCGGCCUGGGCCAUGGUCCUUCACGGGUGGCCUGGCCUCUUUAGCCAGACCCUGGCUGGCCCAUCACCCUACCAGCCUACACUGCCAACCACCACGGGGGUGAGGGCAGGCCAGCCAAAGGGGGGAUGGACGCUGGGGCUGCCGGGCGUGAGGGCACCAGUGUGCCCAGCUCAGUGCCAAAGAGGGGUCAGCGGGGGAGCUGUCUCUGCAAAGCCAGCCCCCACCCGAGAGGGAGACCCUGCCACCGCACCGCUGUGUGCCUUUCCGGGGCCCUCAGCCCUUGGGUCGGGGAGCCUCCCUCAGUUUCUCAGUAAAAACCUUCUGUGGAAAGUACA